CCCCCCACAACCGGAAGUGGAGGGCCAGUUGUGAGGGGAAUUGUCCGCGAUGAAAGCUGCGGCGGGCAGAGCCGGUGGCUGCCGGAGUCGCUCGUAGGCUAGUCAGGGUAGAGCACCUUUGCUAGCAAGAUGAUAGAUCCAAUAGAGGGCAAUUUGUUUGAUCUUCCUGAUUAUGAACACAUCCAGGAUGAGACGUUUCUACCUCUGCCACCUCCAGACUCUCCAGGGGGAGAUGUUGAAGAAGCCUUAGUUAAUGGAGAGCCAGAAGGAAACAAGUUGUCACAAACCAAGGAUUCAUCUGUAACUACUAGGGGAGCUGUUAAAAGAUCAGUGCCUAAACUGGAUGCUCAAAGGUUAGUUUCAGAGAGAGGACUUCCAACUUUGCGGAAUAUGUUUGAUAAUGUAAAAUUCAAAGGUAAAGGUCAUGAGGAGGCGGACCUGAAGACACUUAUGAGGCACAUGGAGCACUGGGCUCAUAGGCUGUUUCCUAAACUUAAGUUUGAAGAUUUUGUUGACAGAGUAGAGAGCUUGGGAAAUAAAAAACCAGUUCAGGCAUGCUUAAAGCGAAUUAGACUUGACCUACCCAUUUUGCAUGAAGACUUCACAAGUAAUGAAGGUGAAGAUGGGGGAAGCAACGGACUUAAUGCAGCUACUGAAGAAUUAGAUUUCUUUUCUAAAAUCCAGAAUACAACAGAAGAGUUUAGUUUGCCUCUAAGUACCACACUAACAGAGGAGCAACAGCGGAGAAUUGAAAGGAAUAGGCAACUAGCCCUCGAAAGAAGACAAGCAAAAAUGCAGCUUAACAAUGAAUCACAAGAACAUGAGCUGUGUGCAACCCAGCCAAAUGAAGUGCAUAACACCAUCGUGACACAGGUACCAGAUGAAAUGAUUACAGCAGAUGCAGGAAGCGUGCCUUUUCAAGCUGCUGAGAAGAUGCAAAGCGGAAGCAUAGAAGAAGAAGAAAAAUGACUUUGAACUGUUUGGAAUCAAGUGACCUACAUCCUGAAAUAUUACUGACAUAUUUUUCAUUCCUUGCUGUUAAAAGAGGGGAUGAGGGUGUUUGUCAGUGAGUGUUUUUCUUUCAGCAUUUUUCCCGUUAACAACUUUGGGUGCUCAGGCUGAUCAAUUCUGCCAGCCUCCUUAGGUGAGAGAACAGCACUAUACUUCAGAAUCAUUCCUCUAACAUCCAGCGUUUUGAAACAUCUAAAGUGGGAUGAGUUAAAGCAGUUGAAGCUUGGAUGAGAGUAGCAUCCCCUACAACUUUGAGUUAGAAACCAACAUUUGUACAGUACAUAUUAAUAAAAGCUACACAUAGACAAAUGAGAACACAACUGCCAUUUUUUUUUAUAACUUUCACAUUGUGAAAUACUUGUAUUACACUGUCCAUAUUUUAU